AUGUCCGCCGUGAUGAGACGCCUGCCGCGCCUGGCCGGGCGCGGGGUCGCGGCCAUCACCUGCGCCGCCAUGCCGGCGGCGCUGGCCGCGCCCGCCGCCCCUCGCCUGGCUGUGCGCCCCCUCCUGGCCGGCGCCAGCCCCUUCCUCCUGAAGCAGCAGCGCUGGUCGCAGCUCCACCAAGGCAGCCGGUGGUUCUCUGUGGCGGCAUACCCUGAGGGCGCGGAGAGCGAGAGCAGCGCCGAGGCGGAGCUGGAGGCCGCCAGCCCAGAGGUCAGCCCAGAGGCCGGCGAGCCCGAGGAGCCCGCCGGCAGCGACGCCGGCUUCGCCCAGGAGGGCGGCUACGCCCAGAGGCGCGCGCCCGCGCCGCCCAAGCCCACCCGCGUGUUUGUCAACAACAUCUCUUGGGACACUGCCGACGAGGUGCUGGCCGAGCACUUUGGGCAGGCGGGCUCGGUGACCAGCGCCCGCAUCGUGCGCAAGCGGGACACGGGCCAGUCGCAGGGCUUUGGGUUUGUGGAGUUUGAGAGCGCGGAGGAGGCCAGUGCCGCCAUCGAGCGCCUGCACACCUCCCAGCUGGACGGCCGGGAGCUGCAAGUCAGGGAGGACCGCGGCGACAAGCGGCAGGUGCGCGGCCCGGGCCGGGACGGGCCGCGUGAGUUCAGGGAUGGCCCUCGCGACUUCUCUCAGGGCUACCAGAACCGGGCGCCCAGGCAGGGAGGCUACCAGUCCGCCCCGGACACUCGGGUGGUGGUGCAUGGCCUACCCAUCACUGACUUCCAGUGGCAAGACUUCAAGGACCUCGCCAAGCGCGCGCUGGAGGAGGGUGGCGGCAACACGGAGGGCGUGAUGCGCGCCGACGUGCGCACGCACCCCGACGGCACCAGCCGCGGCUGGGGCAUCCUCACCAUGGGGACCCCCGCCGACGCGCAGACCGUCAUCGAGGUGCUGCACGGCUCCAGCAUCGACGGCCGGGUGGUGUCCGCAAAGAUGGAUGAGUUUGCGCGUGGCAGGGAGCAGGGCCCGCGCGGCGGCGGCUACCAGGAGGGUGGUGGCGACAGGCGGGAGUACGGCGGCGGCAGGCGCGAGUAUGGCGGCGGCAGGCGGGAGUAUGGCGGCGGCAGGCGCGAGCGCGACGGGGGCGAUUACUGA